AUUGCUCUUGUCACAUGUGGAGUGGUAGGAAUGGAAGAGAGCAAAAGACAGGGCAAGCAAAGGAGAGCACAAGCCAAGGUAAGUGGGCUUAGCUGUCAAGCCCCUGGGCCCUAGCAGAAGAGACUAGGUUUAAUCCAGCACACACCCCUCACUAUUCAGUCCCCUAAAACUGACCAUACCCUUUCCCCAUAACAGGACUCCUAACAAGAUCAUUUUCUAAUAUAGGCAAUACCCAAUUUCCAGUUGGAAAGGGAGAAUGACAGGAAAGGGACUCCAGAGGGGUGGUGGAAGAGUCUUGUUGGAUUUCGGCAGCAGGUGUGGUAUCCAGGGUAAAGAAAUUUGGAUAGCCAGGAACCGAAAAACCCCAUCAAUCUAAAAUAGGGCUUCUGUGCCUCUUCCCCAGGGACGAACAUGUCCUGCCAAGCUUUCUCCCAGACAAAACCUCUGUUCUUCUCCCAUCUCUCCCCAGCCAAGUCCUGGGUUCCAAUCUCCUAGGAAAAGAUGGAUCUCUCUAUGUAAAUCCUCCCUGCAGUGUAUGGGUGGAAGAGCUGGGCUCCAUUAGUGGACCAUGGUCCAGGCAGGGGCUCCAAGUCCAGUGUGAGUAGGAGAAGGCGUCACUUCCGGAGGCCUUCAACAGUGUCUGGUGGCUCUCUGCUCUCUGAUUGGGCAGCAAUGGCCUGGGCAGGCGUGUGACCCCACUGGCGUGGAGGGACUGUGUCCCAAUGCAUGUCUUCCUACUCAUCUGCUCCCCAGAGUGCUGCCUGCUGUGCAACUGGGUGCUGGAGCUCUUCUCCAGCCGGAUAGUCUCCAGACCCUCUUUCUCGGCCCACCCGUGCCCCACCCUGCUCUGCCCAGAAGUGCAAGAGGCCAAGCCGCCUCCAUGGCCCCAGGAAAGAUUCACGGGAGAGGCCCCAUACAGGGAGCCACUCCUGCCAGACACCCUGGCCAGAAUGGAGCUGCCUGAAUUGCUCCUCGUGGUCAUGCUUCUUCUUACUGCAAGGCUAACUCUGUCCAGCCCAGCUCCUCCUGCCUGUGACCCCCGACUCCUAAACAAACUGCUUCGUGACUCCUAUGUCCUUCACAGCAGACUGAGCCAGUGCCCAGACGUCAACCUUUUGUCCACACCUGUCUUGCUGCCUGCUGUAGACUUUAGCUUGGGAGAAUGGAAAACUCAAAUGGAACAGACCAAGGCACAGGACAUUCUGGGAGCAGUGACCCUUCUACUGGAGGGAGUGAUGGCAGCACGGAGACAGCUGGGACCCACCUGCCUCUCAUCCCUCCUGGGACAGCUUUCUGGGCAGGUCCGCCUCCUCCUUGGGGCCCUGCAGGGCCUCGUUGGAACCCAGCUUCCUCCACAGGGCAGGACCACAGCUCACAAGGAUCCCAAUGCCAUCUUUCUGAACUUCCAACAACUGCUCCGAGGAAAGGUGCGUUUCCUGCUGCUUGUAGGAGGGCCCACCCUCUGUGUCAGGCGGGCCCUGCCCACCACAACUGUCUUGAACAGUACCUCUCUACUCCUCACACUGAACAAGCUCCCAAACAGAACUUCUGGAUGGCUGGAGACAAACUUCAGUGUCUCGGCCAGAACUACUGGCUCUGGAUUUCUGAACAGGCUGCAAGGAUUCACAGCCCAGAUUCCUGGUCUGCUGAAUCAAACCUCCAGGUCUCCAGACCAAAUCCCUGGAUACUUGAACAGGACACAAGGAGCCUUGAAUGGAACUCAUGGACUCUUUUCUGGAGCCUCCCCCAGAACUCUAGAAGCCUCAGACAUUCUGCCAGGAGCUUUGGACAUAGGCUCCUUGCCACCCCUCCUUCAGGAAGGAUAUCCCCCUUCCCCCGCCCAAUCUCCUGCUGGACAGUACACACUCUUCUCUUCUCCACCCACCUUGCCCACCCCCAUGCCUCCACCUCAGCUCCACCCGUUUCCUGACCCUUCUGCUAUCAUGCCUAACCCUACCAGCCCUCUUCCAAUCACAGCUCACCCUCACUCCCAGAAUCUGUCUCAAGAAGGCUAAGGUAGUCAGGCACUGCCAGCAUUGAGUGUCUCUCAGGUUCCCUUCCCUGGGAGAGAACUAACUAUACCUGUACUAGAUGUCCUGCUUUCACCUGAAACCUAAAGCCCUGGCAAAGGAGGAUACACAGGACAGAAGGGAUUGUUUUUCACUGUAUAUCAUAAAACUUCAGAAGCUAUUUUUUUAAGCCAACAAUAUUCAUCAGAGCAGCUA